CAGAUCACAACUCUUUCUCUCACUCUCUCAUCCGCAAUGGCCGCAAUGCAGCAGCAGCAAAUAGCACAAGCGCCGUCUGUGCUCGGGCGUAGCGCCGACUUCGUGCGACCCGACUUUCAUCAGGUCAACCUCGACAUUGAGCAGUAUCUUAAGCAAGAGCGAGGCAUGAAGCUUGAUUCCGACGACCAGAUCUGUCGUAUGAAUUUGCAGCCUCUUGGAUGUCCUCUCGGACCCGGCCUCUGUCCCCUGCGACACACGACCCCUGCGCCGAACAACUUCAAACCAACUCCACCACUCCCCACUCAUCCCCGCGAGCGCGAGAAGAAGACCACCGUUUGCAAGCACUACCUCCGCAACCUGUGUAAAGUCGGUGACAACUGCGAGUACACGCACGACUGGAACUUGCGCACCAUGCCCGUGUGCGUGUGGUUUGUCAAGCUGGGCAAGUGCGAGCUCGGCGGAGAAUGCCUCUACUAUCACCCUCGCGACAGACGUGUCGAGUGUCCCGACUACAACCGCGGGUUCUGCCGACUGGGUCCCGAGUGUCCACGCCGUCAUGUCCGGAGAACACUUUGUCAGGCCUACCUCGCAGGCUUCUGCCUCGAUGGCCCAGAUUGUGCCAAUGCUCAUCCAUCCCCCAACCUCCCCAAACCCGAGGCCUACAUCAAUCCCCCGGCACCCGAUCCGACGAAAGCUGGACCGCCGCCCCAGCUGCCAGCAGGCUAUGGCCGUUGGCGCGAGUACCGGUACGACCCGAACGCCGUCGUUGUGCCCGCGCCGGCGUGGCAGGAGGGCGGGUCGCUGCAGGGCUGGCGCAGCGGCGGCUUCCUCAGCAACCACGCUAGAAAAGAGGAUGGUGGUGGUGGUGGCGGCGGUGGAGGGCGCGGUGGCUGGGUUAAGGAUCUCAGCUCGGUCUUGUGCUUCCGGUGCAACCAGUACGGACACUUUGCGAACCAGUGCCCGAACGACGCAGUACCCGGUGAUCGCGGAGGACUACAGAGGGGAGCAGGUGGCGGUGACGGACCACGAGGAGGAGGUGGAGGACGGCAUCACCGUGACUAGCCGAGCGCGGCAAGACUUAGUGAAGGCAAGCGACACACAGGAGCCGCAGGAAGAGGUAGAUAGAGUAUGUAUACUAGUAGCAUUGCAUGUGACUGCUCGUCACGUUAAA